ACGUCGUUUUGGAAAAGUCAUAGUCUUCUCUCUCUCUGCUCUCAUUCUCAGAAAUCUCUCUCUUUCGCACUUCUGCAAAUGGUUCUCUUCUUCGUCUAAGCUCGAAUCUCUCCACUUAGAUUCCAAAACGGGAAAGAUCUCUCCACCAUCUUUGGAAGAAGAAAGAAGAAAAGCUUCACCAAUCUACACAGACUAGAUCGGAUCCGUUAAUCGGAAGUUUUUUUUUUAUAAAAAGAAUCAAUAAAAAUGGAGGAAGAGAAAGCUACUGCUGCACAGAGCUUAAUCGAUGUAGUAAACGAGAUUGCGGCGAUUUCCGAUUACAGGAUUACGGUGAAGAAGCUUUGUUAUAAUCUAGCGAGGAGAUUGAAGCUGCUUGUUCCUAUGUUUGAGGAAAUUAGAGAAAGCAACGAGCCGAUCAGCGAAGUUACUUUGGCUAAUUUGGUUGGUUUGAAAGAAGCGAUGAGUUCUGCUAAGGAUUAUCUCAAAUUCUGCAGCGAAGGGAGCAAGAUUUAUCUGGUCAUGGAGAGGGAACAAGUGACACGUAAAUUGCUGGAGGUGUCUGUUAAGUUAGAACAGUCUUUGAGCCAGAUUCAGUAUGAGGAUCUCGACAUUUCUGAUGAAGUUAGAGAACAGGUUGAGCUGGUUCUCAGCCAGUUUAGGCGAGCGAAAGGAAGAGUAGAUGUAUCAGAUGAUGAACUAUAUGAAGAUCUUCAGUUGCUGUGUAAUAAAAGUAGUGAUGUAGAUUCUUAUCAGCCUGCCCUAGAGCGGGUUGCAAAGAAGUUACAUCUUAUGGAGAUUCCUGACCUAGCUCAAGAAUCAGUGGCUCUGCAUGAAAUGGUUGCUUCGAGCGGUGGAGACGUUGGUGCAAACAUUGAGGAGAUGGCAAUGAUUCUGAAGAUGAUUAAGGAUUUUGUGCAGACUGAGGAUGACAACGGCGAGGAGCAGAAAGUUAACUUCAGAAGUAAUGGACAAACUUCUACUGCAGCAAGUCAGAAGAUACCCGUGAUUCCUGAUGAUUUCCGCUGUCCGAUAUCGCUGGAAAUGAUGAGAGAUCCAGUUAUUGUUUCAUCAGGGCAGACGUACGAACGCACCUGCAUUGAGAAGUGGAUAGAAGGUGGACACUCAACAUGUCCAAAAACACAGCAGGCGCUAACAAGCACAACCCUCACACCAAACUAUGUUCUCCGUAGUCUCAUAGCUCAGUGGUGCGAGGCCAACGAUAUUGAGCCUCCAAAGCCACCAAGCAGUUACAGACCCAGAAAAGUUUCGUCCUUCUCGUCUCCAGCAGAAGCAAACAAGAUCGAAGAUCUAAUGUGGAGACUCGCUUACGGAAACCCCGAGGACCAACGUUCUGCCGCUGGAGAAAUCCGCCUUCUUGCAAAACGAAAUGCAGACAACCGCGUGGCCAUAGCCGAAGCUGGUGCCAUACCUCUUCUCGUAGGCCUCCUCUCAACUCCUGAUUCUCGUAUACAAGAACAUUCAGUAACAGCCCUUUUAAACCUCUCCAUAUGUGAGAACAACAAAGGAGCCAUUGUUUCUGCUGGAGCUAUUCCUGGUAUAGUUCAAGUACUCAAGAAAGGAAGCAUGGAAGCCAGAGAGAAUGCGGCGGCUACACUUUUCAGUCUAUCAGUGAUUGACGAAAACAAAGUGACUAUUGGUGCCUUGGGAGCGAUUCCCCCACUUGUUGUUCUGCUUAAUGAAGGGACACAAAGAGGCAAGAAAGAUGCCGCUACUGCACUCUUUAACCUCUGCAUAUACCAAGGAAACAAAGGAAAAGCCAUACGUGCAGGAGUGAUUCCCACGUUGACUAGACUCUUGACAGAGCCCGGAAGCGGAAUGGUAUUCCAUGCUGUACAGUGUACAUUAUCACAUGUUAGCAGUUCGAAAUUGACUAUGCUAAUUAUUUGGUGA